CAACAAGCCGCGGCUCUUCCGGCUGGUGCUGUCGGACCCCCUCCGCCCCUCCUACAGCAGCGGGGACAAGGUGUCCGGCCUCGUGCAGCUGGAGGCGGCAGCCCCCUGCAGGCUCACGCGCCUGCGGGUCACGGCCGCCGGCUGUGCGCGCGUGGAGCGCCGCGGGGGGAGCAAGCGGAGCCGCGUGCAGGAGGUGGAAUACCUGAAGUGUGAAGAGGAGGUGCGGCUGGAGGAGGAGCUUAGUGCAGACUCAGAGAACUGCUUCCUGCUUCCUCCUGGAAAAACCUUCUCCUUCCAGUUCGGCUUUGAGCUCCCGCCUCCUGGGCACCUGGUGUCGUCCUACAGAGGGAAGUUUGGCUCGGUACGAUACUACAUCCACGCAGAGCUGCAGCGGCCUAACCAGGAUCCAUUGCACUGCGAGCAGGAGUUUGAGGUCCAGGAGCAGCUGGAUGUCAACCAAACCCACUUGCUGGCCCCAGCUGCUGCCUCCAAACAGAAGAAGGUUACUUGCAUGUUCAUACCUGACGGACAGGUGUCCAUCAGUGCUCAGAUUGACAGGAGGGGGUACUGUGAGGGGGAGGACAUUCAGAUCAAUGCCAGGUUUGAGAACACCUGCUCCCGCAUCGUUGUCCCGAAGGCCGCCAUCAUCUGCAAACACUCCUACUCUGUCAACAGCAGCACCAAGGAGUUGCGGCAAAAGCUGUCUGCGGUUCGAGGGAACCCCAUCAUUUCUGGCAUGUGUGACAUGUGGCAGGGGAGGAGCAUCAGGGUCCCUAAACUCCAGCCCACGCUGCGUGGCUGUGACAUCAUCAAGGUGGAUUACACACUGAUGAUCUACCUGCAUGUCCCGGGGAGUGAGAAGCUGGUUCUGGAGCUCCCUCUUGUGAUCGGAACCAUCCCGUUCAGCGGCGUCGGUAGCAGAACCAGCAGCAUGAGCAGCCAGGUGGGCUCCACCUGCAGCUUGACUUCCUUCCCCUCGUCCCCCCCCAGCUACAGCAGCUUUCAGAGGGACCUGCGGGUGGAGGGACCGCACACGCCGCUGCUCCACGACUACGAUGGAGCUGAGGACGACCAAGAAACGGGGCUCUUUAUGAGAGUGCCGGAGGUCUGCUACCCUCCCCCGCCUUCCUACACGGUGGACCAGAGCCUUGCAACCCCCCCACAAGAGCUUCAGGUUUUUUGAAGAUGAACAGGAACCCCCCCCCACCAUGACAUGGGUGACACCAUGGGGGGUCGUAACCUGACGAGAACCUUUUAAUCUGUCCAUCAUUCCACGUCAUCGUUCAAAGAUUGAGUUCACUUUCAUGACUCAGCAGUUUGUCUUUGAUUUCUCUGCAUGCUUUUACACUUGAUGUCCACUUUUUUAGUUUUUUGUUUACUCCUAUUUUUUUACAUAUGAAGUAACAGGAAGUUACACGUGUGUAAACUUUGUAAAUAAGAAUUUUUAAUUUUGUAUUCUGUAAUAAAGCUUCAGCAUCA